AUGUCUUUCCUGGUGUCGACCCUGCACACGACCAGUGGCCAAGAUGUUUGCCUCGAACCGCCGGUGGCUUCAGAUGAACCUCUCGAGGAUCUCAGGCGCCGUGCUGCCUACGCCUUGCGAGUGGGGGUUCGACAGGUGACCCUUCUGAGUGGUGACAAGGAGUUAGUCGGAAACUGCCCCGUGGCCGACGUCAUCGACGAAGCCGCAGACCUCACGGUACUGCUGCAGCCGGUGCACCGCAUCUACCGGCCGCAGGUGGAGGAGGCCUGGGAAGCCGUGGGCUUUGUGAAGCUGCAGAGGGUGGUGUUUCCGCCUUCCAGCGGCAUCGACGUGAAUAUGAUGCCCUUCCGGAUGGGCGACAAGGCCUCGCUCCCCGAGGAGCUCUGGGGCUACUGGCCCCUGAUCGAAGCAUGCAGGCUCCCAGAGGAGGAACUUGGGAAGGUGGGUUUCUUGACCAUCCAGGAGACUGACGUCACUGCAGGGGACGCUCAACGUCGCCCGGGGUUGCACCUGGAAAGUCCAGGCGUCGUGAUGUCGGAGGGCCGGGUGUUGCUGACGAUGGCCCGGUGGGGUGCGGGGCUAGCAGGAUUCAGAGUGAAAGAGCCUAAGCAGGUACCUCCGAUACUUGAGUCUUUGGAUGAAGAUGUGGACCACCAGGCUCAGAUUGAUGACGCCGUUGCGGGUUCUGAGGCUGACGACAUCUCGGAUGAAGACUCUGAAGACAGUGAAGACGGUGGCACCAAGUGGAUCCAUACCCGGUUGCAGGGCGGAAUCUACACGGCCUCCACAGUGGAGAACUCUGCCAAGUUUUGGGAUCUUCGCUUCUCUGACCCAGCGGACGUUUGUGGCCCCCUGGGGGACCUAGAACACAUGCGUCAGGCGUUGGGGCCUGGUGUGGCUGCCGAGGCCCAGACACUAUAUUGGAUGAGUGAUGCCACGCCCCAUGAGUCCGUUCCUUUGAAGGAAGAUGCGCAUCGCCAGUAUUUCCGCCUCGUGACCAGCUCCGUGUCCCUCUGGUAUUCGAAGCAUUCCACGGAGAACCCUUUGGUGAAGCCGGAUCCCAGUCUUACAAGGAUUGUUGACACCGAUAAAUUUCAAGAUUUCCCGCUGGUCGGUCCAUCGAUGAAGCGGAGAGGAAGUGAUGUGGGGGACAAGAUUUGGGAUGUAUUCCAUGGUACAGAAUUGGGAUACUUCCCCGAUGGUGUACAUGACCCCUCCAGAGAGCGGAAGCUGCUAGAGCAGCAGCUGGGGCCCCUGUGA